AUGCAAUACAAAAAGACUCUGGCUACUGCCGCUUUGGCUACCACUGCUUUGGCUGCUUACGUCCCAAGUGAACCAUGGUCCACUUUGACCCCUGAUGCCACCUACAAGAAUGGUGCUACCGAUUAUGCUUCUGCUUUCGGUAUUGCUGUGAAGCCAGUGGCUACUUCCAGUAGUAUCGCCAAGAGAGAUGCUGUCUCCCAAAUUGGCGAUGGUCAGAUCCAAGCUACCACUGCUACAACUGCCGACGCUGUUUCCCAGAUCGGCGAUGGUCAAAUCCAAGCUACUACUGCUACUACCGCUCAAGCUAUUUCUCAAAUUGAUGACGGUCAAAUUCAAGCUACUACUGCCACCACUGCCGAGGCUGUUUCUCAAAUAGAUGACGGCCAAAUCCAAGCUACCACUGCUACUACUGCCGAGGCUGUCUCCCAGAUCGAUGAUGGUCAAAUUCAAGCUACCACUGCUACCACGGCUCAAGCCGUUUCUCAAAUCGGCGAUGGUCAAAUCCAGGCUACCACUGCUACUACCGCUGAGGCUGUUUCUCAAAUCGGUGAUGGCCAAAUCCAAGCUACUACCGCUACCACCGCUGAAGCUGUUUCUCAAAUCGGCGAUGGUCAAAUCCAAGCUACUACUGCCACUACUGCUACCACUGACGCUGUCUCUCAAAUCGAUGAUGGCCAAAUUCAAGCUACCACUGCUACUACUGACGCUGCUUCUCAAAUUGGCGACGGUCAAGUGCAGGCUACCAGCACUACCAGCGGUGCUUCUCAAGUGAGCGAUGGUCAAGUGCAAGCCACUGACUCUGCUGGCUCUGACGGUCGUGUCAAGGCUGUCUCUUGUAAGAAUGACGGUACUUUGCAAAUGACUUUGAACGAAGGUAUUCUAACCGAUGGUAAGGGUAGAAUCGGUUCCAUUGUCGCUAACAGACAAUUCCAAUUCGAUGGUCCACCACCACAAGCUGGUGCUAUCUACGCUGCUGGCUGGUCCAUCACUCCAGAAGGUAACUUGGCUAUCGGUGACGAAGAUGUCUUCUACCAAUGUCUAUCCGGUAACUUCUACAACCUUUACGACCAAUCCCUAGGUGAACAAUGUCACCAAGUUAACUUGGAAGUCAUCGACCUUGUUAGCUGUUAA